CCCCAGCAUGGACCGUUGGGGGUCCAACACCGUGUAUAGUAAAUGCCUCGGCUCCAGGAGAAGCCGUCUACAUGAGAUAUGUGGCAUGGUAAUGUCCGUUUAUUGGACCACAUGCGUGAACAUUAUUUAAAGGCCAAACGAGGGUGACAGUUCAGGGGGCGCUGUCGGCUAGGGCCGUGGUCCGAGGCCUUUUUGUUUUGAAACUAAAUUAAAUUAUUAAACCAUGGCAAUUACAUAUAAUGCUGUCAUAUAGCAAUACAGUGAUCUCCAUUAAUGGUUAAAUGUUUGUUUGACAACCAAUACAGGGCCAACCCAUUGUUGUUUUGCCUAUUGCGCCUCUUCCAUGCUAGGUGCACCGGAAGCGGAAGCGUGACAGUUGUAGUUCUGUAGUUCUGAGCGAUCAUUGCAACACGCAGUGUUUUUCUAGCCUGUAAUUCUGAGCCUGAUCCGAGAGAUUUAACGCUGCGAUCUUUAUAAACAUUGCGAUCGUUAAUGAUGACGCUCUGAAGUCUUUUGCACUAGUCUAAUAUAACUACAGUAGUCCUCUUUGUGUAUUUGAUUCUGUGCGUGGCCGUGAAUUCCCCACUGUUACACUGGGAAUAUGGCGGAAGGCGGCCAUUACUACAAUGAGCAUGAUGACAGGGCUGGGGCCCCAUACCGCGGCCGCAAAGGCCAGGGAUCCCACAGGGCACGCUCUUAUGGCGAGGGCCCCCGCAGGGACAGAACCAGGGGCGGUCAUCAGGCCAACUACACAGGCCCCGGACCGCGAUCCAGACUUGACGACAUGGACGCCGAUGUAACCAUGAGCGACAACUCCCAGGACGGCACCUCUCAGCGCAGAUCCAAGCCGUACAGCCGGCCUUAUCGCCGAGGAGACGGCCGCUUUGACAGAGACCGGAGAGGGGGCCGGGGAGGAGGCGGAUAUAAAGGAGACGGAGGAGGAGGCGGAAGAGGAGGUGGAGGAGGGAACUCUAGUGGUGGAGGAGGAGGAGGAGGAGGAGGAGGGAAGAACCGGACAGGCUGGUACAAGAUGACGAUACCGCACGGAAGAAAGUACGACAAGAAGUGGCUGAUGACGGCGCUCCAGAACAUCUGCUCGGUGCCCUUCAACCCCGUGAACUACAAUGUUGACAACUACAGGGCCCAUUUCUACGUGGAUGACGUUGCUACGGCAACCGCCCUUCAAAAAUGUUCCCACAAGAUCACAGACGCAGACGGCUAUAAGGUGGAGGUCCAUAUGAACGCGAGCGGCCCUCCGGCCUUCCUGCAGUCGGACCUGAAACCUGAGGACUUGGAACUCUUAAAGCAAUGCAUGGGAAAGCGUUUCGACGGCUCCCAGCAAGCACUGGACCUGAACACCCUCCGGACGGACCCAGAGCUGGUCUCCCAAAACAUUGACGUCAUUCUGAACCGGAAGACGACUAUGGAAGCUGUCAUCAAGAUCAUUGAAAAGGAAAUUCCAGAGUUGGUGUCCUUAAACCUGAGCAACAACCGCAUCCAGAAGCUGGACGAUUUGUCAAACCUGGUUGGCAAGGUGCCCAACCUGAAGACCCUCAAUCUCUCCAACAACGAGCUGAAGUCGGACAGAGAGCUGGACAAGAUCAAAGGGCUGAAGCUGGGAGAGCUGUGGCUGGAGAAGAACCCUCUGAGCAACAGCUUCAAAGACCAGGCCUCCUACAUCAGUGCCGUGCAGACAAGAUUUCCCAGGCUCCUGAAAUUGGACGGACAAGACCUCCCGCCACCCAUUGUAUUUGACGUGGAGACGCCCACCGUCAUCCCCGCCUGCAAGGGCAGCUGCUUUGGCUCGGAUGAAAUCAAGGCCAUCAUCCUCCGCUUCCUGCAGCAGUAUUACAGCAUAUACGACUCCGGGGAUAGACAGUCCCUGCUGGAUGCCUACCACGACGGGGCCUCCUUAUCUAUGAUGACGCCGUACUCCACUCAGAACCCUUCAAGGAGCAGUCUGGGAGAGUACCACAAGGACAGUCGCAACCUGAAGAGGGUCAAAGACACUACCCUGCGCUACCGUCUGCUGAAACACACACGGCUCAACGUGGUGGCGUUCCUGAACGAGCUGCCCAAGACGCAGCACGACACCGCCUCCUUCAACGUGGACGUGAACACCUACACAACUACCCUGCUGUCGUUCACUGUCAGUGGAGUGUUUAAAGAAGUGGAAGGCAAAUCGCGAGACUCCACCAUGGCCUUCUCUCGAGUGUUCGUCACGGUCCCAGCCGGCAAUUCAGGACUAUGUAUAGUCAACGACCAGCUGUUUAUCCGGAUGGCCACGACGGAGGAGAUACGCAAGGCGUUUGUGGCCCCAGCCCCCACCCCGUCCUCAAGCCCCGUGCCCACCCUCACAGCCCCCCAGCAGGAGAUGCUGUCGGCCUUCUCCCUCGAGUCCGGCAUGAACUUUGAGUGGUCCCAAAAGUGUCUUCAGGACAACGAAUGGGAUUUCCACAAAGCUGCUGGGAUCUUUACAAAGUUGAAGAUGGAUGGCAAGAUCCCAGAUGUCGCCUUCAUAAAGUGAAGAUGUUAUUCAAGGAGGAUAGUGACAUUGGUUUCAGGCGAAGAGCUCUAUUUUCUAUGGUUUUUGUUCCAGCCCCAUCCUUUGGUCUGUUCAACGGAUUAUAUUAAGACCAAAAGACAUAUUUUGAUUUCAUUGUUUUAAUGACAACAAUGUCCUCGCUGACCUAAAUCUUAUAAUAAAAUUUUGGUUCUUAUUGUUACCUUAGUCUUUCUUCGUUAUUUUGUACACAAAACUAUUUCAUUGUUUCAUAUAAAUAAAGUACUUAAAAUACAAAUAAUGUAUCAUUUUAUUCCACAAUUUGCAUAAUGUACAUUACAAUGCAUGAGCUACUGUGGCAUAAGCAAUACAGGGGUAGGGGGUAUUGCUUUUUAUUUAUUUAAAUACAAUUUACUGGGCAAAUUAGACUUACCAUGCUAAUAGUAAAUUGAGAAGUGGUUUCAACCCUGGUAUCAGGUUUUCUGGUGGGUCUGGUUUGCAAGAACACUGCGUGUGUCAGGGCCGUUACAAUCCCCUCCAUGAUUCGCGUUGCCAUCGGCGUGGAUGUCUCCCACGAUCAUCGGAUUAUCCCAAUGUGCAGAGCAUGGUGACCAUACUG